AUGGUGAGCACCAGGGGCUCAAGGGUGUCGACUGACGGGAAGCCCUCUUCGGCUUUACCUGAUCAGGAGAACAAUGUCGCGUCUGAAAAAGUCACUCAUCCGCUGGAAAACGAGCCUGGGUCCGUGUCUCCUCGUGCUCAUAAGAAGCGCCGUACCGAGUCCGGGCCCGAGGCUCUUGCCUCCCCGAAACAAGAGACAGAUGCUGCUCCAGACAGCCAAAUUGAGGGGGAACUCGCCUCAGCGUUGAAUGGCACGAAUAAUCAACCUCAGGAAGGCGUAAAUGGAGACCAUGGCUCGGGGGAGGGUACUACGGAUCCCGAGGUGGCCGUCAUUUCCAAUAUCAUUGACCGUUCUGAGCGCGUGGAAGAACAAUGUGCAAAGGAUCAGCAGCAGCAGCAGCAGCAGCAGUCAACAGAAGCCUCUGGACAACCAGCAUCAAAGGGCCUAACUUAUGUUAAGGCCAGUUUGCACUUGAAGAUCCAGAGCUUGCCGAUCCUCGACAAUCUGACUGACCAAUGUCGAUUCCAAAAGUCCACGCAAAUUCUCUCUCUGCUCGCCAAGUCCUCGUAUCAGGAUAUCACAUCAUUCGUCUCGGAGCCAGACUCGGAGAAUGGCCAGGCGUAUGCGACGAUGCGCUCCUUGUUCGAUCACACGAAGAGAGUUUAUUCGACGAAACAAGCGUUCCUUUCGCCAACCGAACUGGAUCUUACAGAACCAUACCAGGUUGAUAUUAUCAGAAAAGCCAAUUUGGCGUCUUUUGUCUCCAGUAUAUUCGGAUCACAGGAAAUCAGUUUCGCAGAAUUGAAUGAUCACUUUCUUGAUGUGUUCGUUCCGGAAGGCGGCCGUCUUCUCAAGGUGCAGGGGGCGCUCUUCCUUGAGCUCAAGACCCAAGCCUUCAUUGCUUCAAUGAACAGCACCGAAGACCGCACUAGGACAGAAAUACUUUUUGAGCUUUUCCCUGACGACCUGGAACAGCGCUUGCUCGCAAGGCGUCCUGGUACCCGUCAGCUUGCCCCGAGUGAAGCCGACUUUGUCAAGCGGGCCCGUUCGAGACGGGAUAUCAUCCUCAACGAUAUCAACAAUGAAGAGGCUAUGAAGGCGUUACCGGAUAAAUACCACUGGGAAGAUUUCUUGAGGGAUUUGAGUUCGUAUAUCAGUAAGAACUUUGAUGCCAUUAAUAGCCAGACGACCAGGAAGACCGUCAAGGGACGCCAGUCUGUCUCGGGAGAGAGCCAGGAACCACCAAGUGCGCCCCUUGAAAGUCAAUUCUCUGUUGCUCCGCAACCUCCUGAGAUUCCUUCCGACCGUAACCUGCAUGGUGACCUUGUUGCGCGUGCAGCCAGAGCAGCACAGAUUGCAUUGCAAGGUCAUGGGCUAAGACGAUCUCAGCAGCAGCAGCAACAACAGCAGCAACAGCAGCAGCAACAGCAAGCACAGCAAGUACAGCAACCGCAGAGUCAACAAGGAGCCCAGCAGCCUAUGCAGUCCGCUCAGAGCACGCCAAUACCGCCGCAGAUUGGUCAGCCUAAUCAAGCUACACCUCAACAACCUAUGAAUCAACCCUACCAACCGAGUCCAACGCCGCCAGGAUACCAACAACAACAACCGACACAGUACUCUUUUCAGAACACCUCCGUUCCACAGCAAACAAACUUCCAACAGUAUACGCCGCCUCCCAAUAAUACCUCGACUGCCACCAGCAACUCCCCUUAUAUGCCGGGCGUCCCUCAUUACUCGCAGUCGCAACCAACUCAGGUUCUCUAUGAGCGGGCGCGGCAGGCAGCCUCUCAGAAGUCUUCGUCGAGCAACCGUAGAUCUGGUCUUCCAAGCCAGCGUCGGCCGUGGACGACAGAGGAGGAGAAUGCUCUCAUGGCCGGCCUGGAUCGGGUCAAAGGGCCUCACUGGAGCCAGAUCCUGGCCAUGUUCGGUCCCGGUGGCACAAUCAGCGAAGCGUUGAAAGACCGCAACCAGGUCCAGCUCAAGGACAAGGCACGCAAUCUGAAGCUCUUCUUCCUAAAGAGCGGCAUCGAGGUGCCAUACUAUCUCAAAUUUGUCACCGGCGAGCUCAAGACCCGCGCUCCAUCGCAGGCGGCCAAGAACGAGGCACGCGAGCGGGAGAAGAAACGCGGCGAAGAGGACAAGGCUCAUGUGGAAGGGAUCGAAGGGAUGAUGGCGCUUGCUGGAGCUGGGCAGCAGCAGCAGCAGCAGAUGGCUUCAGGGCAGCAGCAGAUGACUUCUGGGCCCGGGCCUAGUCCGAACAGCAUGUCUGCCUCGCCCGGUUUGCCUCAGAACUCGAACAACCAGGCGAUGAACAAUCAAGCAAUGAACAACCAUGCGAUGAACAGUCAAGCGAUGAACCAAGCGAUGCUGGACCAGACUGCUGAGCAGAACCUGAUGCAGACGCUUGGCAAGGAAGUUCAUGGUGAAAAUUUCCAGCAGGCGCAGCAGCACCCCAACACCGUUAAUCAGGCUAUGCCAAUGUCGGGGCAAUAG